AUUGGAAGUGAAACGAGGCGACAGGGAGAAGAGAGGAGAGAGAAAAUAGAGAGAGACAAGGAAAAUGGGGUACGUAUUGCGGGUGAGAAUGGCGUCUUUCUUCGCCGGAGCCGCGACGGCGUCCUUCAUCGGCCUUUACAUCCUCCACAACGACUACAAGGUCGCUCAAGAAGCCGUCUCCCGCCAGAUGAAAGGGCUUCACGCUUCACUGGAUAGACGAAUUUCCGAUCUGGAGAAGUUGAAGCAAGCCAAUACUUCCGAUCACGCGGAAGCAACUGAGUAGAUCCCUGAGUCAUCUUCUUGGUGCUGAUGUACUGCCCUCCUUAUUUUUGUUUUGUUAUGUACUCAACUAGGGCAGUGCCUUUCCAGUCUUUCCUGAAAUUUUAGCCCCCAUAAGAGAAUAACAGUAAUUAAUCCAGCUCUACUGAGAUCACUUGACGGUUGUUUCUUGCAAGACUUUCGUCCGGUUUUUGCUUGGUCAGAGUGUCUUUGUGCAAUCAAUUUUAAGUGCACUAAAUCGUGCUGCUGUUUCUAUUUGCAGCAAUGAUAAA